AUGCUUCGCCCGGCUUGUCGAGAGUCGCAACCUGGAAGGGUGGAACGUAGCAUUGAGAUAACGCAAUCCGUGGGCUUCAAGGGCCAAGGCCCGCCAGCCGACAGAUUCGACGCGAAAGGAUUCAGCGGCAAGAAGGGGCCCGUUAGCUCCGGCUUCAAGGGAGCCCCACCAGCAGGCAUCCAGCAGCCGCCUCCGCCCGUGAACAAAGGCGGCGAGAAGGGCAAGCGCCGGGGCGCCAGAUAUUCAACCGCAAACCUUGGCUGGCGGACGCCUGAAGUCGCUUCACCCCUGCCGUCCAUUUCCAUGUCGCUAAGUCGGGGUCGUCGGCAUAUAAGCAGGGCUUUACGGCUGUGGGGAUUCCAGCGUGGAUUCGCAGCUGCACCUCCCGCCGGAGCAGAGGAAGAGGUCCUCCGUGCUUUGCGUGCAGCAGCAGCGGAUGCAGGUGUAAAUCCGCUUGACCUCUACCAGCCAUGGCUGCUUAUGGACGUGCUGCAGCAAAGCCUUCUGCUUCUGCACUCAGCCACCGGGGACGCUGGUGCUGCCGUGGUGGCUGCAGCGCUGCUGACGCGCCUGGCUACUGCACCCUGGAACCUUACAUCACUAAGGCGCCGCUGUGAUGCCUUGGUGCUAAUGCCUGUGUACAUGAAUCUCGCGAAGUCUUACAGCGAGGCACAGUCACGGAGGGGUGGCCGCAGCGAAAGCACAGUCGGCGGGGCGGCAGGCGCGGCGAAGGCUGAGAAAGCGGAAGCCGACUUGCAGAAAGCCACGGAACGCUUUCAGGCAUUCACGCAGGAGACGGGCUUCAAUCCAGUACAAGGCCUUGGUUACCAAGUCGGCGUGGUACUUCCCAUUGGUCUGACCUAUUUCGGGGCCCUUUACGGUAUCAUGAACCACCCCGACUCCUUCCGAAGCUUCGUGACAUCACCCAGCCUUUGGCUGGAUUCUUUGGUGCUUCCGGACCCCUAUGGCGUGCUGCCGUGUCUCUCUGCGCUGGCUCUGCUGGCGAACGCUGAGCUCAAUGCUAACCCGCCCCAGCGGGGUCAGGAGGAGACUGCAGAGUACUUCAAGAUGGUCAUGAGGGGAGCACUGCUCACCUGGGUGCCCUGGACCGCAAGCAGCUUGCCUGCGGCUACUUUCCUCUUCAUCGCGACCAACGGCUUUUACACGGCAGGGAUCACAUGGUACUACCGCAAAUACUGCUGGGUGCCACCAAAGCCUAGCAUGAGCUGGAAGAAGCGCUAA